GCUGCCGUGAGAGAUACUCGUGAAAUAGGGUUAUUGUUAUUCGGUUAUUGCAUUUUUUUACCCAUAAGCGGUUUACCGUAGAUAGAUUAUAAAAUAACCGGUCUAUUAAUUUAGAAAAACCGGUUAUUCAAUUAACACGUUAUUUAUGCCCAUCCCUACCGUUUAUCCUGUAUGCCUUAAUUGUGUGUUCUAGGAUUGUGAAUUUUUAGCUUUCCGAGGUGUUUUGAAAGAACUCGCAGAAAAAUUAAUAACCAGAUCUAAAUAGAGGAAAACAUUUGAAAAGACAUUUUGGCACCUUUAGGGCAGAUAGUCUAUGAUCUGCUAUUGACUGGAGGUACUGGGUAUUAGUUUCACAAAAGCCUUUUUUUGCAGCAGUUUGUAGAAUAACAGGCACAUCAAUCCCUGUACAAAAUGUCGGCAGGUGGCACUCCAGGUGCUGAUCCCUGGGUUAUUUCACCUAGAGAACGAUUAAAGUAUGAAGAACAGUUCAAUUCAUUGAAGCCAAGCAAUGGAAUAAUCACUGGCGAACAAGCUAAAGGUUUCUUCUUGCAGAGUCAGCUCCCACCUCUCAUUCUAGGGAAAAUAUGGUCAUUGGCGGACACCGAUUCAGACGGGAAAAUGAACAUUAUGGAGUUUUCUAUAGCUUGCAAACUUAUAAAUCUGAAGCUGCGUGGCCACGACAUACCAGCCAUGCUUCCGCCAUCACUGUUGGCUUCAUCGAGGCCGGCGGCGCCUCUUCAAGGGGGCACCGGAACUCCCACAGGACAAGUUGGAGUACAGGGUAGCUUGCCGCCAUCUAGACCGGAACCGCCUAAGGCUGGACCAGUUCCAGUUGCAGCAGCAUCUUUGAUACCAGCUUUAUCUGCGCCUGCACCUCCAAGUUCAACUGCUCCGAUAUCCACGGCUCCGGUGUCUGUACCUGUUAGUGCUACUACCACACCUAGAGGGAGCGUUGGAAGCUUAGAUAGAGCCCAGUCUAUUGAAUCGCAACCGGAAUGGAGCAUUCCCCAUCAAACGAAGCUGAAAUACACCCAGAUGUUCAACACGACUGAUCGACAAAGGAGCGGGUACUUGUCUGGCGUUCAGGCGAGACACAUAAUGGUGCAAACGAAACUGCCGCAGAGCGUACUCGCCCAGAUCUGGGCGCUGUCGGACAUGGACGCCGAUGGUCGCCUGGGAUGCGAAGAAUUUGUCCUGGCUAUGCAUCUGUGCGAGAGAGUACAAGCGGGUGUCCCGCCGCCUGCGCGAUUAACUCCAGAUUUGAUACCGCCUUCGUUCAGACGAGCAGCCCGGACGUCGUCAGUUUCAAGCCAGGGGAGUGCUGGAACUGGUGCCGAACAAGAUCUGACCGCUACCUUGCUGCAACAGAAUUCGUUCGAAGAUAAAAGGAAAGAGAACUUCGAGAAGGGCCAGGCCGAGCUAGAAAGAAGACGGAGAACGCUUUUGGACCAACAGAGGCAAGAACGAGAAGAGCGCGAAAGAAAAGAGCGAGAGGAACAAGAACGGAAAGAAAAAGCAAGACAAGAGGCGGAACGUAAAAGAUUGGAAGAACUGGAGAAGCAGAUGCGAGAACGACAGGAAAAAGAAAAAAUGGUGCAGGAGGAAAGAAAGAGGCAAGCGGAACAAAGAGAGGCGGCUAGAAAAGAGAUGGAAAGACAACGACAACUUGAGUGGGAGAUACAGAGAUUGCAAGAACUCCAACAGCAAAGGCAACGCGACCAAGAGAACGUGCUGAAACUCAAAGCGAAGAACCAGACGUUAACCAUCGAAAUCACAUCGCUGAACGAGCAAAUCAAGCAACUGUCGCAAAAGAUCUGCGAUUCGCGAAUCGGCGUGACGAACGUAAAGGCAACGAUAGACGGGAUGCGAGGCACCAGAGAUGGAUAUAUGAGCGAAAUGAGUCAACUCAAAAAUAAACUCAAAGAACAGAAUGCUAAGCUGUUGUCACUGUCACAAGAAAAGGUGAAACUGGAGGCAAAACUCAAAAUGAACGCUCGAGACUCCGAGGAGGCAAAGCAGGCGUUCGAGAACAAAGAGGUCAACAUAAAGAACUUGAAGAAGAAGAUUGACGAUCUCCAAGAAGAAAUAUCCACAAAACAAGCGGACAUCGAGAAUAACAACACCCAAUACAUGGAUUUGCAAACCGAAAUGAAUAAUCUUGUGAACGAUUGCAAACAACUUUACGCUACGUACGAGACAAAACAUAACGUUAUAUUGGAAAUGAAGGACUCGUCUAGAAAUGACUACAGCGCUUGGAAAUCAAACGAUGCUUGGAGCGAUCACGUCGAAGCUAAACCGGAAUGGCCUACAGAUAAUUGGCCUGUACAGAAAUCUUCAAUCAGUGAGAUAGCCGCAAUACCUGGAAACGUGAGAUAUAGAGCUCUAUACGAGUUCGUAGCGAGAAAUGCCGACGAAAUAUCUUUUCAGCCUGGUGACAUCAUCAAUGUACCGAAACAACAAACAGGCGAACCAGGAUGGUUGGCCGGUGAAAUUAGGGGGAAAACGGGCUGGUUUCCUGAAUCUUAUGUGGAACCAAUGGAUGGAGUCGAUGUUAGAGAUACCGAACUUAUAUCCUCGUCGGCACACGAAAACAUAACGAUUGAAAGUACGAGGGUACUAGAGGGAAUCGCUGAAGUGCCAGAAAGUACCGAAGUGCCUAACGUGGUGGAGCCUGUAGGUACGACUGCCGUCAAUGCCAUAGACACAGAACCAGAGUAUUAUAUCGCUAACUAUCCCUACCAAAGCCAAGAGGUCGGAGACUUGACGUUCAAUGCUGGAGAGGUAAUUGCAGUGAUAAAGAAAGAAGGAGAAUGGUGGACGGGGAAAGCAGGAGAUAGAAUUGGUAUAUUUCCUAGCAACUACGUUCAAAAAAUGGAUACGACGUCCAACAUAGCGAAACUAACGUCUAACGUUGAGUACGCGAGCUCGAUAAGCGACGCGCCCUCGGAGGGAGUUUCUGCUGAAGCUGUGAAGACCGCGUUGGAAAGUGUCACCUCUCAGCAAUCUCAAGCCGACAACGAAGUAUCUCAAUUGACGCAAACCUCGAAAAAAUCCAUCAGCGAACAAGGAUCCCAGAAUGGAGGCCAGGUGGUGAAAACGAAAAAAACAGAAAUAGCGUCGGUGAUCGCUCCCUACCAGUCUACAAGUCCAGAGCAAUUGUCGUUGGCUCGCGGCCAGCUGAUCAUGAUCAGGAAGAAGACCGACAGCGGUUGGUGGGAAGGAGAAUUGCAAGCCAAAGGCAGGAAGAAGCAGGUCGGAUGGUUUCCGGCUAGUUAUGUCAAGGUAUUGAAUAGUUCGGGUAAAAUGAGCGGUAGAACUACACCCGUCAGCACUACCAGGAUGCAGCAGGAAAUUAUUAUAGACAAGGUGAUAGCGCUGUAUCCAUACACGGCUCUGAACCCCGACGAGUUGACCUUCAACAAGGACGAUAUCAUCAGCGUCACGGCCAGAGACGAAGAGGCUUGGUGGAAAGGAGAACUAAACGGAGUUUCCGGACUUUUUCCAAGCAACUAUGUUACACCUCUUCAAGCCACUCAAUGAACACUGGAAACAGCUCGCCCAAACUGCUAAGAAUUGCAAUCCAGACAUUGUCGUUAAUGGAAUAUAUACUCGUACUUUUAGCAGAGAUUGAUGUGUGUUAGUAAUCUAUGUUACCAUGUUAUCAUCUCAACAGAUGAAAUGUUUUGAUUUAUAUUGUUGCUUUAUCGAUGUAUUUUAAAUGGUAUGUUAGCCCUGCUUGAUCUCUUACUGAUAUCAUAAUUGUUAAGUGAUUUACACAAGAAGAAACUAGUUUCAUCAUGACUAGUGCCUAGAGAGCUCACCUUAGAAAACUAUAUACGCUUUAGUUAUAAUUUAUCUAGCUCAUUCAAGUUAUUUAUCAACAACUAAAAGCUAAUUGCUUGAUUUUCACAUUUUUGCAUGUAUGUAAACCACAAUCCAUUUGAUGUGAUCUUGUAUUGGUUUGAAAGAUUUCGAUGAACCAUGCAUCCACCAACAGGAGAUUGAAAUAGUCAGUAACAACAUUUUUUCAAUUGACAAAGUAAAAAACAUUAUAAAAGAAUUGUACAAGUGAGUAACUUCAUGUCUGGAUACAAAAUUAAAUAUGAGACGCACUAUAUCUCAAUUAAAAAUGUUUACAAUUCAUACUUGAAAGCGCGUCUCUUGACUUUUACGGGAAACAAUGUAUAAUGUUUUAGAAGGAAUCAUAUAUGAACAAGUCCUUGAAUAUAUUGGAGAAAAUAAGAUAUUGACAAAAUUUCAAGCAGGAUUCAAAAAAAAGUAUUCUACUGAAACAGCAAUUCAAUUGGUAGUAGAAGAAUCGAGGCGAAAUAUGGAUGAAAAAAGUUUACAGUAACAUUGAUCUUAGAUUUGAAGAGAGCAUUUGAGACUAUUGACACGAAAUUGGUUCAGUAUUCAACUUAUUUAAUUAAUUUUUUUAUUAUUUAAUCAAUAGAAGUCAAAGAACUAAAAUUGGCAACACAUUAUCAAACAUUAAAAAUAUUUCGGUAGGUGUGCCACAGGGUAGCAAAUUAGGUACAUUACUAUUAAUAUAUAUAUUAACGAUAUUCCUGAUAUUUUACAACACUGCAAAAUUCAACUAGUUAUAGUAGUAUAUAUCAAAUAAAGACAUUGAAAUUGCAAUAGAGCUGUUAAAUAAUGAUCUGAAAAACGUAAUAAAUUGGUUAAAUGUAAAUAAACUUAAACAAAACAAAAUAUAUGCUAAUAGGAAAAUUAGCUUAAUAAUUUGUCAAAUGAAAGCAUAUCACAUCAGUUAUCCGUAAAUCCAACCAAGUCAAAUGUUUUAUUGUUCGGGAAACAGAAAAAGAGCGUUGCAGAUUCAUUCCAUAUUUCAAUUAAUAAUAAUGCUAUUCCUCAUACAUUCGCUACUAGGAAUUUAGGCUUGAUCAUGGAUAGUGACCUGAGGUUUUCAAAGCAUGUUGAUAAGUGCAUUGGCCGUCCUUAUGGUCGGCUUAAAAUGUUAUUUCCACAUCGUCAUAUCUUUUCAACCGAACUUAAGGCUUUGCUUUGUGACACGCUUGUUCUGUCAUUAUUCAAUUAUUGCGACUCAGUUUAUGGGCCUUGUAUAACAAGGAAUGAUGUUGAUCGUAUACAGUGUGUCCAAAACUCUUGUCUUAGGUUUAUUUUUGGAGUGAAAAAAUUUGAACAUAUUUCUUAUAAGUUACCUGUAAUAGGAUGGCUAAAUGUAGACGCUAGGAGAAAUCUGCACUCUGCAGGUUUGUUUCAUAAAAUUAUUCUAUAUAAAACUCCGCCUUAUUUAUAUAAUAAGAUUACAUCUCGAAAUGAUGUUCACAAUAUCAGUGUUCGGUAUCAGAAACUAAUUUCCUAACCACGUCAUCGUACAUCCAUGUUUAACAGAUGUUUUUCUCAUUUUAUCUACCACUUGUAUAAUCACGUCUAUGUCUGUGUCAGCUUUUAAAAGAAGUUACAGAAAAUUUCUAUUAGAUGAAUUAUAGUGUUUACUUUAUAUUGUUCCGUUCCUUUUUAUAUUUUAAAUGUUUUUUUUGCCUAAAAUAAUGACAUUUUUCGUUAAAUUAUAUUUUUUUAUAUAAUUUCUUUAUAUACAUAUAGUUUUUUGACGAUUGUAAUUAUUAUUUAUCAAUUAUUAAUAUUAACUUAUAUAACUUGGUUAAGAACUCCUCUGUUGUAAUUUUGUUUGUUGGGCUAGUACUUUGAUCAGCUCGUCUGUUUACUAUUCCCUGUUGCAGGGAAUUCAUGUUGUUUCUUCAUUUUUAAUUUUUUUUCUCUUUGUAUUUUUUUUGCUCUGCAAAUAAACGCUAUUAAUCUUUAUAUCAAAAUACGAUAAAUCUUACAAUUAAUCAUGAAAAAAUUGUUUCAAUCAAAUCAUUUAAAUAUUAGCUACCAAAACACCUCCAAUAUUUAUAGAAUAGGAUAAAAUUUAUAGACGAUGUCCACGAUUUAAAUAUUUGCAGUAAGUUUCCUAUCUUUCCCCCUCCACAUCGAACUUGUAUAUAUUUGAGAGAUUAUUUGCAUUUAGUAUUUAUAGCACGUGUAUCAGGUUUUAUGUAUGUUGGCCCUUUCUCCAAUUAUAUUUAUUCUUUAAAUGAGUUACUGUAAUUUUGAAUAAAUUUGUUUAUUACUAUC